AUGUUUGCAUUUCGAUUGAGAGCGCCGACAGAAAUGUACUCCUCACUCCUCGUUAUUGGAUUGACUUUGGCGUCACUGUUGGGACGGAGUAGCCAACAUGGAUUGCUUCUGUCCCCUCCUCAAAGGGGGUCACUCUGGCGAUACGGAUACGACACUCCCCCGAACUAUGACGACAAUGGACUUUUCUGUGGCGGAAUAGAGGAAUACAUUAAAACUGGUGGAAAAUGUGGUGUUUGUGGAGACGCUUAUAAAGGUCCUCGUGAACACGAAGCAGGUGGAAAAUAUGCCAAAGGAAUCAUUGUCGAGCAACUUCCCGCCGGAUCCACCGAAAUGAAAACGACAAUUCAGAUCACAAGUUAUCAUAUGGGGUAUUUCGAGUUCAGGAUCUGUCCCCACAAUGAUAUCCGCAGACCAGUGUCUCAGCAGUGUCUGGACGAACAUCUCAUGAUCAUCAAGGAAGGCACCCCUGAAAGUGAAUACACUCGCUACUACCCAGACAAUCCCAUCGAGACUGGAAAAGACAAGUACCAUCUGACGUUGCUCCUUCCAAGAGGGAUACGGUGUGAGCAAUGCGUAUUACAAUGGACUUACAACACAGGAAACAGUUGGGGCACAGAUAAAAAUGGAACAAGCUGCUUAGGCUGCGGCCUUCAAGAAGUCUUUAAAAACUGUGCUGAUAUAAGCAUUGGAGGAACACAGACAGUUGAAUCUGCACAGAUGGCACUUAUUAAAACAAAGACAAAAACAACCAAAAAGACAUCUAAAACUGAAACUAAGUCGGGCUUAUUCCACCAUAUCAAGAAAGCUAUUGAAAAUAGUGUGGCCGCCAAAAUUAAUCAAAACCAUGUCCAGAAGACCACAAAGAAAGCCAUGCCUUCUCCUACUCCAGUAUUUUCGACUAAAACACCCUCAGCAACGACGACAUUUUCGGCAAAAUCUGUUUUGGAAAACAGAAACCCCUUCAUGCCUGGUACUGGCCCGUCUUUCCUCUCUCAAUUUCAGAGCAAACUAGGAAAACAAUUCAGUUGGUUGAAGCAGAUUCCUUUCCAUCACGGCUCUCUUCUUUCCCCCAAAACGCCUAAUCCUCGAUUCACCUUAGCCAGCAAAAUCAAGUUCCUACCUGACACUACAGCUCAGGAACAACCCACAACUGCCCUGGCUUUCAACCCAUCACCAAAGAUAGGAUUGCACUCAUUUUACACUACAAAGAAAGGACCUGUUCCAAGAAUUUACGAGGUCAAAUAUAAUCUUCUUCCGAAGUCAUCUUUCAACUUGUAUACCAAUCCUUCAAUGUCUUUGUUUGAAUCCACUGGUAAUGUACAAAAGGUCUCCUUGUCCGAAGUGGCACCCACAGUAGCAUAUAUCGAACCAAAAACAACACAAGGACCUUCACUAAAAACGACCAAGUCAGCAAACCCUACCACGACCAAUCCUAUGGACGUUUCACAAUGGGGGAAAGAGGACGUGAGCAAAUUACCUAAAAAGUAUCAAAGGUACUAUCAGAAGUACAAGGAAGCCAAAUCAAUGUUAGAUCUAUUUAAAAGGAAACCCCAAGAAGUUCUGAAAAUGUCCAAAUAUAGAAAAUAUCAGAAACGAAGAAAUGGACACAGGAGAUUGCUAAAAAAUCUGAACAGAGAUGUCGAGAAAUACACAACUCGACUGAAGAGAGUCGGAAAGCGUCUAUUUUCUACAUCAUAGUGACAAUGUUUUGCCACAGAAACUAUCAUUUCACAGAAAUCCGUUCAUAUUUAUUAAAUAUUUGUUAUUGUUUUUUGUUGUUUACUUAGAAAACCAGACUGAAAUACAAUGCUAAAAAGAUGUAUUCAUCUGUAAAUUGUUACCUCAGGAAUGUGCGAGGAUAUUCUACAGAAUGACGCUUCAGACUCGUUCAAACUUGUUGUUGCAAGCUCUGCAGAAACACUAUAAUGAAUGAAUUUUAUGUAUUAUAUGUGCCAAAGCAACGAAAUAUUGUUGUGCAUGUUCUUACCUAUCAGUAUUCAUAAAAACACUUGCCCAUGCCAGUAUUGCCUUUAUUAGU